AUGCUUAGGCAGCAGUACUGUUUCCGGGGAGGAAUAAGGAUGCUAGAAUGUGUUGAAAAGAUGUCUCAGCAAUGCCCGGUCAUCAUAGAAACGGUGAUGAACGAUGUCGUGAGACAGUUGGUUGACCUUCCCUCAACUUCAACCAAACGUCCAACAAUGUCUCGAUAUACCCCUGAUCUUUGCGGAAAAGCAUAUCAAUUUUUUCGUGAUGGAGCUGUGAUGACCUUGAUAGCUCUCGUCAUCCCUUUCGCAACGACGAUGAGCCGGAACUCCGCUGCCAAUUGCCCCUCCGAGUCCAGCAACGAAUUUGGCCCAUUCUCGAUACGCCGUGCUUGUUAUAUCUCCCAGGAGCAAAGACUUUGGGUAGGGAUGGGCUUCAACGUAGUACGAAAGGAGCGUUUCGCAUGGAGAGGUUUGUGGUGGGCCUGUGUUUGCCUCGAGUUGGUUCAGGUGGCUUUCGGCGGCAUACAAGGCGGAUGCAUACCAAACGGACACAUCGCUACUACCAACGACAGCGCAUCAACUAUCAGCCUCAAAACCAAUGGCCGACCCAGAACUCCAUGA